AUUGAGAAGGGAGAGGCUACCAGGAUGAUGCCAGAAGGAGUGGUCCUUGCUAGAAUCCUCAAAAGCCCCCAGUAUCAAAGGAAUCUGGGUGGGGCAGGAGAGGGCCAUACUGGGGAGGCCCAUUAGUCUUCAGCUAGGCUCCUGUGGGCGCAGGUCUCCACAGGGUGGACGGGCAUCUUUCCGGCACUUAUAUCUAGGAUUCCUUCUCACACUUCUGAAAGGAAGCCAAGGUCCUUGAGGGGGGUCCCCCAAAUCAAGGGUUCUAUGUGGCUGGGAGCAGUAGAGACAGACAGGACCAUCCUUGCUUAGUGGAAGAGACACUGAGUCAGGACCUGCAGAAGCAGCUGAGAAGCCCAGGCCUCACGGUGCUGCUGGAAACACUUCUAGGGAUCACAGCCAAGAGGGAUCACCAUCUUUGCGGAAGGACAGAUUGGCACACUCAGGAGCAGGAAUGAACUCCACUCUUGACAGCAGCCCAGCUCCAGGUCUGACCAUCAGUCCCACCAUGGACCUUGUGACCUGGAUCUACUUUUCAGUGACAUUCCUCGCCAUGGCCACGUGUGUGGGGGGGAUGGCAGGCAACUCAUUGGUGAUUUGGCUCCUGAGCUGCAAUGGCAUGCAGAGGUCUCCCUUCUGUGUCUAUGUGCUCAACCUGGCGGUGGCUGACUUCCUCUUCUUAUUCUGCAUGGCCUCCAUGCUCAGCCUGGAAACAGGGCCCCUGCUCAUAGUCAACAUUUCUGCCAAAAUCUAUGAAGGGAUGAGGAGAAUCAAGUACUUUGCCUAUACAGCAGGCCUGAGCCUGCUGACAGCCAUCAGCACCCAGCGCUGCCUCUCCGUGCUUUUCCCCAUCUGGUAUAAGUGCCACCGGCCCCGGCACCUGUCAUCAGUGGUAUCUGGUGCACUCUGGGCACUGGCCUUCCUGAUGAACUUCCUGGCUUCUUUCUUCUGCGUCCAAUUCUGGCAUCCCAACAAACACCAGUGCUUCAAGGUGGACAUUGUUUUCAACAGUCUUAUCCUGGGGAUCUUCAUGCCGGUCAUGAUCCUGACCAGCACCAUCCUCUUCAUCCGGGUGCGGAAGAACAGCCUGAUGCAGAGACGGCGGCCCCGGCGGCUGUACGUGGUCAUCCUGACUUCCAUCCUUGUCUUCCUCACCUGUUCUCUGCCCUUGGGCAUCAACUGGUUCUUACUCUACUGGGUGGAUGUGAAACGGGAUGUGAGGCUACUUUAUAGCUGCGUAUCACGCUUCUCUUCGUCUUUGAGCAGCAGUGCCAACCCGGUCAUUUACUUCCUCGUGGGCAGCCAGAAGAGCCACCGGCUGCAGGAGUCCCUGGGUGCUGUGCUGGGGCGGGCACUGCGGGAUGAGCCUGAGCCAGAGGGCAGAGAGACGCCAUCCACGUGUACUAAUGAUGGGGUCUGAAGGGAGCCCAACCAGGAACUCCUCCAAAGCCCCACCCAGCCCUUCCCUAAAAGUACCCAGCAAGCCUGCAAUGCAAAGGCCUUGCACCUCAAAAUGUUUGGGUCACGUUCCUCUCUGCCAGGGAGGGUUCACCACUAUCACCUUGUGUUCCUAAUCUAAACUAAGAGGUGAGGCAAUAUAUCUUUCUGUUUUACCUGUUUAGACACAGAUCCUAACUUUGGGUCCCAUCAUGGGCAAGGCUGUCUGGGAAAUGGAGUUUCCCAAUGGAUAGAGCAUCUCAUGCAGGUUGAAACGGUUUUUCCCACCCCCCUUGUCUCCCUGAGAUGGCAUCUGUCCUAGUUUCAUUUCUGUUGCUGUAACAGGUUCCCUGACAAAAGGUAUCACAGGGGAAGAAGCUGUUUACUUGGCUCACAACUACAGAUCAUGACCCAUCAUUUCAGGGAAGUCAAGGCAUAAAUGUAAGCAGCUAGUGACAUCACACACAAAGUCAAGAACAGAAAGAGCACAAAUGCAUAGGUCCAUCCCCUGCUUGCUUGCUCUCAGCUAGCUUAUUACAUCCUCUCUUAUUCUGCUCACAAUUAUCUGCCUAGGGAAUAGUGUUGCCCACAGCGGGCUGGGGCUUCCUGUGUCAAUCGACAGUCAAGACAAUCCCUCAUAGACACGCUUACAAGCUAACCUCAAUUCCUCAUUGAGGCUCCUUUCAUCCCAAGUGAUUCUAGGUUGUGUCAAGUUGACAGUUAAAGCUAAACAGCUUAGCAUAUUGGACCUGGGGAUAUACUGGUAACAUCAUUUAGUGCACAAAGUAGUGUCUCUGAUGCACAUAUCACCGCACCUGCAGCACAUUGUGUGACUUUUCCUGGCAUGACAUGACACGCAUCCCAGAUAGGGCACCAAUGAAGACCAAGGAACAAUCCCAUCCAAUCACAGUCUGAUGAAACAAUUAACACACAGAAGUGUGGUCCAGGGGUUACUUAUAGAGAUGUAGUUCAGCAUUACUUACAGAAAUGUAGGUGACCCUAAAACAGACAUGUCACUGAUAAGUUUCUCCCCAGCAUGGAUGACCAUUUCCAGAGGUUCUGUAGAUGAAGUGCUCCCCUUACUUAACCUACCCUUCUCUUACUAGCACCUCCCUAAACCAUGACAAGUGAAGUGGGGUUACAUGCAUCCAAGAGGAGGUACAAGAGAAAGGGAGAGAAGUCUCUAACCCUUACCACCCUCCUUUCCUAAGGGAAUUCCUGCAGGCUUCAUUCUGAAAGUCUCUGGUGCGAAAUCUGAGCUGCUAUCUCACUGUCCUCAUCCUCCACCUGAUCCCUGACCCACCCUCGGGCCCUGACUUGGCCUGUGGGGUUCUUUUGUACCCCUUGUCCCCUGAGACAUCUGUGCCAGUUAACCUUGUGACAGGAGAGGGCAGAAACACGGUGAGCCAGAGGUUGGGAAGAGAGAGGGACAGCACAGAAAGAGGUUGCUGAACAGGCAAAGCUCUGCAGGAGGCAGGCACAGCAUGGAGCCUGAGUCAAUAGCCUUGCGUUCCUGCUUCAGGCCAGCUCCUAGAAGAUCUGGAGGCUUCUGCACAAGCCAGUGUGUCAUGCUCAAGGUGACAGAGAUGCUGGUCACCCCACUGUGUGUACAUAUAUCAAAAUUACACCUUGGACCCUAUAAACCUGCAUGAUUCUUACAUGUUAAUAGUAAAUAGUAACAAU